CUUGCGUGUGCUGCCUUGACUUCCUCACACCAAAGUGACCAGGCUGUAGGAGCUGCUGCAUCCAACCAAGGCCAGCCUGGGCGGAGCGGGCACAGCAGGAAGCAGCCUGGCUGGCUGUCGCUUUGCCCCAAAGGCAAUGCUGAGCCAGGGAAGCUGAGGCUCAGGCUGCAGGGUGGUGCUGAUCCAGCCUAGCGAGUGACUUCUGGGGCCGUCCUGAGAGCUUAGGAGAAUCCCCAGACUGACCUGGAGGUGAGAAUCAUGGCAGCGGGAAAAUUCGCCAGCCUUCCCAGAAACAUGCCAGCGAAUCACCCGUUCCCGCUGGCCUCGUCCAUGGACCUCCUGAGCAGCAAGUCCCCUCUCGCUGAGCGGCGCCCGGAUGCCUAUCCAGACGUGUCUAUACACGGCACCCUCCCGCGGAAGAAGAAAGGCCCUCCUCCCGUGAGGUCCUGUGAUAACUUCAGUCACAUGGGGACCCUCCCCCGCCCCAAAUCCCCGCGGCAGGUCUCACCUCUGCACCAGGGCGUCAUCCAGGAGCACCCAUGGCCAGACUGGAAAGACGAGGCCUUCACCUUCAGGGACCAGCAUCUUCUGGACCCAACUCUGGAAUACGUGAAGUUCUCCAAGGAGAGGCACGUCAUGGACAGGACGCCCGAGAGGCUGAAGAAGGAACUGGAGGAGGAGCUGCUGCUGAGCGGCGAGGACCUGCGCAGCCACGCCUGGUACCACGGCCGCAUCCCCCGCCAGGUGUCAGAAAACCUGGUGCAGCGGGAUGGUGACUUCCUGGUGCGUGACUCUCUGUCCAGCCCGGGAAACUUUGUCCUGACCUGUCAGUGGAAGAACCUCCCCCAGCACUUCAAGAUCCGCCAGACGGUCCUGCGGCUCAGCGAGGCCUACAGCAGGGUGCAGUACCAGCUGGAGAUGGAGAGCUUCGACUCCAUCCCCGGCCUGGUGCGCUGCUACGUGGGCAACCGGCGGCCCGUCUCCCAGCAGAGCGGAGCUAUCAUCUUCCAGCCCGUCAACAGGACGGUGCCCCUGCGCUGCCUGGAGGAGCGCUACGGCCCCAACCCCGGCCCGGCCCGGGAGGGCAGCCUGGCCCAGCGCCGGCCCGACGCUGCCAAGAGGCUGAGCCUCACCGUGAGUGGCACCCACGCCCGAGAGCAGAGCCUGCCCAGGGGCAACCUCCUCAGAAAUAAGGAGAAGAGCGGGAGCCAGCCUGCCUGCCUGGAUCACAUGCAGGACCGCAGAGCCUUGGCCCUCAAAGCCCACCAGUCGGAAAGUUACCUGCCGAUUGGCGGGAAGCUGCCCCCCCAGUCCCCAGGCGUGGGCACAAGCCCCAGCCCCGGCUCACCUGUUUUCAGGACCGGCAGCGAGCCCACCCUGAGCCCGGCAGUGGUUCGGAGGGUCUCCUCGGACACCCGGGCAGGGGAGGCGCUGAGGGGCUCGGACAGCCAGCUGUGCCCCAAGCCGCCCCCCAAGCCCUGCAAGGCGCCCGGCCUCAAGGCGCCCCCGUCUCCAGCCGUCUGGCCCCCCUCGGAGGCCAACUACUGCGAACUGAACCUGGCCUUGGCCGCGGGCUGCGACGGGGCCGCCCGGCCGCCCCUGUGUGCCCAGGACAGCUACGUGGAGUUGCUGACGGCCAAGCAGAAUGGGGCGCCGGGGCCCCGGACCUCCGACACCAGCUACCUGAUCCUCGAUGACGACGACGGGGCACGGCCGUGGGGGCCGCCGCCGCCGGCCCACAGGGACCAGGGGCCGGAGGACGAGGGCGCGUUUGUGCGGCCCCUGCUGGAGACGGCCUCCUCCUUCAAGCCCAACGACUUUGAGUCACAGCUCCUUCCUCCCGAAAACAAGCCCCUGGAAACGGCCCUGCUGAAGCGGGCCAAGGAGCUGUUCGCCAGCCACGACCCCAGGGUCAUCGCCCAGCACAUGCUGAGCGUGGACUGCAAGGUGGCCAGGAUACUUGACGUCUCUGAGGAGAUGAGGAAGAGCAUGGGCGUGAACUCGGGGCUGGAGCUCGUCACCUUGCCGUACGGCCACCAGCUGCGCCUGGACAUCAUUGAAAGGCACAACACGAUGGCCAUUGGCAUCGCAGUGGACAUCCUGGGCUGCACGGGCACUUUGGAGGACAGAGCGGCCACCCUCCACAGGGUCAUCCAGGUGGCGGUGGAGCUGAAAAACUCCAUGGGGGACCUCUACGCCUUCUCGGCCGUCAUGAAGGCCUUGGAAAUGCCGCAGAUCACGAGGCUAGAAAAAACGUGGACGGCCCUGAGGCACCAGUACACCCAAACCGCCAUCCUCUACGAGAAACAGCUGAAGCCUUUUAGCAAAAUCCUGCACGAAGGCAGAGAGUCUACGUGUAUUCCCCCGAACAGUGUAUCAGUCCCACUGCUGAUGCCCCUCGUUACCUUAAUGGAGCGUGAGGCUGUCACUUUUGAAGGAACUGACAUGUGGGAAAAAAACGACGAAAGCUGUGAGAUUCUGCUGAACCACUUGGCAACGGCCCGACUCAUGGCUGAAGCUGCCGACAGUUACCGGACCAACGCCGAGAGGAACUUGGCAGGUUUUCAACCAGAUGAAGAAAUGAGUGAAAUCUUCAAGACCGAAUUCCAAAUGCGAUUGCUCUGGGGCAGCAAAGGGGCGCAGGUCAAUCAGACGGAGAGAUACGAGAAGUUCAACCAAAUUUUAACUGCCCUCUCACGUAAACUGGAACCUCCUCCUAUGAAGCAGGCAGAGCUUUGAUAACGCGCCAGAGAACGUCAGGAUCGAAUGUCAAGCUUCUCCAGUUUCUCCUUUGGGAAAGCUUAUCAUUUGAUGAAGUAAUCAUGUGCGAAUCUGACAAUAUACAAGCUUUUAGUAUCCACAGGAUAUUAAACAUGUAAAUUGCACAGAGCACACUUAUUUAUGAAUUGUUUAAAAUUACUACUGAUUUUAAAAUGAAUGAUAAUUUAUUAAAGUAACUAUUGCUAAUGUUGUCAUCAGCAAAUCUAAGACCCAGCUCUGUUGGCUGGUUGCUCCCUGUUACUGAGAUAUUUCACCAUUUUCGUUUUAUUGCCAUGUCAGCUAACUGUAAAUAGAAGAGUUUUAAAAGCACGAAACAUUUCAGAAGGUAUCAGUUGUAUGAUAUUCUUUAAAUAUGAAAAAUGUACAUAGUCAUAUGCAAAUAUAUCUUUUUGUGAA